GCUGGAGAAGUGGCGGCCCAACGGGGAAGGCGCGGGUCCCCGUGGCUGAGCAGCAGGUGGUUAAGUGAGAGCCUUUCUUCUGCCUUGGAGAGACUUUUGCUGUGAGAAUUCACAGUAGCCGUUCAGUAUGGGAGACAUCCUGGCUCAUGACUCCGAAUUACUUGGACUAGUGAAAGAGUAUUUAGAUUUUGCUGAAUUUGAAGAGACGUCCAAAACAUUUUCAAAAGAAUGCAAAAUAAAGGGAAAACCAUUGUGUAAAACAGCAGGUGGCACUUUAAGGGACUCCAAAUCACUGAUAAUCCAGGAGGACCUCCUUGCGGCGUUUGACAGUGGAGACCAGAAGGCCUUCUUCGGCUUGUGGGAGGAGCACAUCCCCGGGUCCCUCCGAGACGGCGACUCCCUCGCCCGGAAGCUGGAAUUCUAUCUUCACAUCCAUUUUGCCAUCUAUCUGCUGAAACACUCCGUGGGGAGACCCGACAAAGAGGAGCUGGAUGACAGGAUUUCUUACUUCAAAACCUACCUGGAGACCAGAGGGGCGGCGCUGAGCCAAACCACAGAGUUCCUCCCUUUCUACGCCCUGCCUUUUGUUCCCAACCCAGUGGUGCACCCAUCUUUCAAGGAGCUCUUCCAGGAAUCUUGGACUCCAGAAUUGAAGUUGAAGUUGGAAAAGUUUCUGGCUUUAAUUUUUAAAGCCAGCAACACACCGAGACUUUUAACAUUAUAUAAGGAGAAUGGACAAAGUCACAAAGAAAUGUUGCAGCACCUCCACCAGCAGCUGGUGGAAGCUGAGCGGAGGUCGAUGACGUACCUGAAACGGCACAACAAGAUCCAGGCAGACUACCACAACCUCAUCGGCGUCACGGCGGAGCUGGUGGACUCUCUGGAGGCCACGGUCAGUGGCAAGAUGAUCACCCCCGAGUACCUGCAGAGCAUCUGCGUCCGCCUCUUCAGCAACCAGAUGCGGCAGAGCCUGGCGCACAGUGUGGACUUCACGAGGCCUGGGACGGCUUCAACCAUGUUAAGAGCCUCCUUGGCACCCAUGAAGUUGAAGGAUGUUCCAUUACUACCGUCCUUGGAUUAUGAGAAACUGAAGAAGGAUUUGAUCUGGGGGAGCGACCGCUUGAAAGCUUUCUUGCUGCAGGCUCUGCGCUGGCGCUUGACCACGUCCCACCCUGGAGAGCAGAGGGACACCGUGCUGCAAGCCUACGUCAGCAACGACCUCUUGGACUGUCACAGCCACAGCCAGAGGACCGUGCUGCAGCUGCUGCAGGGGAGGAGCGACGUGGUGCGCCAGUACAUGGCCCGGCUGGUCAACGCCAUCGCGUCCCUGGCAGAAGGCCGCCUCUACCUUGCCCAGAGCACCAAGGUGCUGCGGAUGCUGGAGGAAAGGCUGCGGGAGGAAGACCAGGACGUCGUCACACGGGAGAAUAUUCUCGGGGCCUUGCAGAAGUUCAGCCUCAGGCGCCCGCUGCAGACGGCCAUGAUUCAGGACGGCCUCAUCUUCUGGCUGAUCGAUAUCCUGAAGGACCCCGAUGGCCUGUCUGACUACACGCUGGAGUACUCGGUGGCUUUGCUCAUGAACCUCUGCCUCCGGAGCGCAGGCAAGAACAUGUGUGCCAAGGUGGCAGGCCUCGUGCUGAGAGUCCUUUCGGAUCUGCUGGGCCACGAAAACCACGAGAUACAGCCAUAUGUGAAUGGAGCGCUGUACAGCAUCCUGUCUAUUCCAUCCAUUCGGGAGGAAGCAAGAGCAAUGGGAAUGGAAGACAUCCUUCGCUGCUUCAUCAAAGAAGGCAACGCUGAAAUGAUCCGCCAGAUUGAAUUCAUCAUCAAGCAGCUUAAUUCAGAAGAGCUCCCGGACGGUGUUCUUGAAUCUGAUGAUGACGAAGAUGAAGAUGAUGAAGAGGACCGUGACACCAUGGAAGCCGACCUGGACAAAGACGAGCUGAUCCAGCCCCAGCUUGGAGAACUCUCAGGCGAGAAGCUUCUGACCACGGAGUACUUGGGAAUCCUGACCAACUCAGGGAAGACGCGGCGGAAGGGGCCGGCCAGCGCGCAGUGGGGUGGCGGCGAGCCCCUGCGCCGGCCCGUCACCCCCGGCGGCCACAGGAACGGGCACCCACUGUAA